AUGUGGGGCUUCCAAGUUCAAAUAUCCAAAAGCACUAUUGAAAUGGUCACAGAUGGGAAGGUCAAAAAGGAAAAUGAAAAGGAACCAGGAAAGCUGAAAGUGGGAUCUGACUGCUCUUUGCACAUUAAUAAUCUUACCACUGCUGAUACUGGACAGUACUUCUGUCGACUGUAUCGCAAUAAUAAAGACUAUAAAGAUGCUCCUCAUAUUUCCUUAUCUCUUCUCAGCAGUGUCAGUGGAGAUGAAUAUACUGUGUACUCCAGUGUGGGAGAUACUGCCAGUUUACCAUGCAGCCGUAGUGGUUCUUUUGAAUGUUCCUCACCUAUGUGGAGCUACCACAAUCAAACAUCCGGAACCAAUAUCAAACUGGUCAUUGAAGGGAAGUUCAAAAAGGAAAAUGAAAAGGAACCAAGAAAGCUGAAAGUGGGAUCUGACUGCUCUUUGCACAUUAAUAAUCUUACCACUGCUGAUACCGGACAGUACUUCUGUCGACUGUAUCGCGAAGGAAGUGGUCAUACAGAUGCUACCCGUAUUUUCCUAUCUCUUCUCAACAUCUCUUCAUCCCCUCCAGUGACAGAGCUGAAGAUUGGUAGUACAGUUACUCUUCACUGUCAACUUCAUAGUCAUAGUCAUAGGCCUUGUAGAGAUAGCAUGAGAGUGACCUGGGUUAGUGAGACAGGAAACCCACUGCAAGGAGCCAGGUACAAGGUGUCAGAGACCCAGUGUUCCUCCAGUCUGACUCUGACACUUGAGCGCUCCGACCGCAACAUGAAGUGGAGAUGUCAGCUAACUGAGGGGGAGGAACAGAAGGCCUCACUCAGUUACACCACCAGCUUCCCUGAUGAAAAUAUGAUAGGGGUUUGGAUUGGCUCUGGAGUGGCUAUAUGCAUAGCUGUUGUCUUCCUUGUGAUAUUGGCUGUGAAAUACAAGAGAAGAAAAGUUGAAAGGGAGACUGCAUUUACUCAAGAUACACGGAGUGACACAGUUACCAACCAGAACAAAGGGCAGAGUGAGGAUACUGUUACCUAUGCUGUGGUCAAUCCCUCUGCUGCUGGAAAGAGAAAACCAGGCAGAAAAACCGCAGAGUCGGAAACUGAAUACGCCACCAUUAAUACCUCACGCUGAACUCGUGAAAAGGCAUAGGGGCGUGCCUCUCUAGGUUGCCUGUUGGGGACAGGAGGCUCGUUACACAAUAGUUUCGGAUGAAAAGUGGAAUGAAAUAGGAAAGUGUGCUCAUAGGUGGAAAGUGGUUUUAGAGCUUCUAAGCACAGUUCAAAAUCAUCAGUUCGGCUUCACCCCCCAUUGUGCUGUGUGCUGUACCCUAACGAAUGCACUCCAUCUGUAAAGUAUUUGCAAAGCGUUUGGCUCGAUAUGUCCAUAAUUUAAGUUGGGGCUGCUGAUGACUGGAGACAGUUCUUCACAAAAGAAACUCCAGAAAAUAUAUACUGUAUGUACUGUAAAUACAAUCAUUACCUAUUGUACAAGAUGGAACAUUUUGUUUUAGAUUUUAAU